CCGAUGGUGCCGGAGUUGCAAGCAUGGGCCGUGGGCACGGCCGUGGAAGGGGCAGAGGGCGAGGAGGAAGAUUUGGCAGCAGUAACUUCAAUGGAGGCCGUGGUAAUGGAGGAUAUGGCAGCAACAACAACAACAAUGGCUACGGGCGUGGGCGCGGUCGAUUUGAUGGCGAAUGCCACUUUUGCCACAAGACCGGCCACAUGUGGAGAGAUUGCUUCAGAUUGCCUGAUGGAUGGACCCCUUCUCAAGGCCAAAAGGGCAGAGGAGCAAGGGGAGGAAGAGGCAGAGGUCGUGGAGGCCGUGCUUGGAGCUGCUGGAGCAGAGUACUUCCUCACCAUUGUGGACGUCUACACUCGCAUGACUUGGGUGUAUGUACUGCCCAAGAAGAGUGACGUAGCUGGAACGGUGAAGACCGAUUGGUUGCCGAUGGUGGAGCGGCAACAAGACCGACUUGUGAAGGCGAUUCGCACUGACCGUGGGGGAGAGUUCCUGAGCAAGGAUUUCUCAACUUGGCUGAAGAAUCAGGGCAUAAGACACUCUCUUACCAUGCCCUACUCUCCUGCAAUGAACGGCAUCGCCGAGCAGAUACCGGGGGAGCCUACAAAUCCCAAGGAGGGUCCCAAUGGGAAGGAGUGGAAGAAGGCCUCAGAUGAAGAAAUGGGGAGCAUCAUCGAGAACGACACGUUUGAUUUGGUGAAACUACCUCCGGGGCGUCAGGCGAUUUCUUCCAAGUGGCUCUUCAAGCGCAAGACCGACGCCGACGGCAACAUUGAGCGCUACAAGAGCAGACUUGUAGCCAAGGGGUACCAGCAGCAGGAGAAGAAGGACUACAAUGAAGUGUAUGCUCCUGUGGUGAAGGGUACAACCCUUCGAGCUCUCUUCGCCGCGGCGGCCAUGAAAGGAUGGGUGGUGAAGCAAAUGGACAUUGUAACGGCCUUUCUCAACGGCGUUUUCGAGGAAGAGACCUACAUGGAGCAGCCAGAGGGGUAGAAGCUGGAGAGAGGGUGGCCAAGUACCUUGGCCAAACAGCAACUGUUGGACUGCAAUACUCCGCGGCGGCACAAAGGCGUCAAAAGGGUGCGGAUGGAGUCGAACCCGGGAGGCUCUUUCUCACCGCCUUUUCUGAUGCAUCUUGGGCAUCAGAACCAGAGGACAUGACAAGUGUAGGAGGCUUCAUCUGCUGUGUUGGUGGAGGGCCAACAGCUUGGGAGAGCAAGAAACAAGUGGACCAAGC